AUUUUAUACAACUUCUCAGCCAGCAUGAGAGGCUGGAUGGUAUUGAAUGCAUGUGAAAAGUCAAAGACAGUGAUUCUCACUAUGGUGUUAUUCUGGUCCAAAUGGGAAUGUGCCGUCUGCAGUAGAUAAAUAACAGCAUCUUCCACGCCAACCUGCUGUUGAUAAGCAAACCACUAGUCUCUCCAGGACCUUCGUGACGUGGCAUGUAAAGCCACUGGUAUGUAGUCAUUUAAUAAGCAGGUAGAUGAUUUCUUUGGAACUGGAACCAGGCAGGAUGCUUUCCACAGCACUUGGCACACAACUUCGUUCAAGGCUCAGGUUGAAGAGAUGCUGAGGAAUCCCACAUAGCUGAUAAAAGAAGAACUCUUGGAAGCAACAACAGAAGAUGGCACAGAAGAUUCAGUUAUGAACAAGUGAAGAAAGGACGAAGCAGAUUGAUUCAUUGAUUGAUUAACUGAUAGCUGAAGUUUGGCUGGAUUAUACUCAUCAACAGCCUUCACAGUCGUGAACUCCUGGAACUGGACGGCUUAAUUCCAUCAGUCAGCAGAUCUGGAUAGAGCAGCAUGAUUUAUGUACGCAAAGUGGGGCCCUAUCUGGGACACAGGAGACAGCCACAGAGCAGAAUUAUAAAAUUACUUCUGAUGCUUUUAAUUCUGGUAAUAUCAAUAACCCUCACUGUCAAGCUCUUGAACACUGAUGUAGAACUGAAAUUGGAAAACCUAAUAGAGUGGCCAAAUGAAGGACCUGAUUACAGAGUUACAAGAUCCAUCCUUCAUAAAAACUCUUCUAUUCCUGGUAAAUGCGGCCUCCCACAGCCGUGUCCUGAGGAACACUUUGCCUAUAAGAUUUCCAGUGGAGCAGCAAACGUGAUAGGUGCAAAAAUAUGUUUCAAUGGAGACAUUUUAAUAGGUGUGACAAAAACCUUGGGAACAGGAAUUAACAUUGCUGUUGUCAACGGCAAAACUGGUGAACUUGUCGAUGCCGCUUCCUUCGACAUGUGGAGUGGUGAAGUUGAGCCACUUGUAAAAUUUCUGACUUCAAUUCAAAAUGGCUCAAUUGUGCUGAUGGCAUCCUACGAUGAGCCAGCAUCAAGACUUAACGAUGAAGCGAGGACACUCAUCAGUCAGCUUGGCAGUUCACAUAUUUCAACACUAGGGUUCAGAGAUAACUGGAUCUUUGUGGCAGGAAAAGGCAUCAAGAACAUAAAGCCGCUGGAGAAGCAUAUAAAGAAUGACAAGUCAGUCAACAAGUAUGACGACUGGCCAGAGAUGGUAGAGAUGGAUGGCUGUUUACCACGGAAACAAGACUAGGACCAAGAUAGCAACCCAUUUUCCACACAAAACUUUGUAAAGCCAAUUAUUUUUGUCUUCAGCAUCACCACUUGGACGAGUGGAUCAGACACACCAGUGCUGCUGGAGCUUUUAAACACUGUGUCCACUCACUGUCCACUCUAUUAGACACUCCUACCUUGUA